AUGGAAUCAACACUUCCAGUAUCAAUUAUCAUCAAAAUUGCAUCUAUUUGCUUGCAAAUUUGCGCCUUUACUGGAAUAACUGUACUGCUGAUCACAACAUGCUGUAAAAAAGGAUCAGCUGAAGAAAGCGAGACGGAUCGAAAUUUAAAACCCAAAGUAUCCAGAGAAAUUAUGAAAUCGUCGGCACAAAGAAGAGCAAUCGCGAAGAUCAGAGAAGGUCAAAUGACUCCAGCAAGCGAAGGUGAGACGGUUGAUGAUGCAAUAAGUAAUUGGGGAAAUGUGCAGAAAGUUGAAGGUGACCAUAUGGUGCGUCAAAAAUUUCGCAGAAGAAAGUGA